AUGGUAAAGCGCAUUCCGGAAAGUCUCGUCAACAUGGCCAAGCGAUUCCGCAGCACGGUCGAUGACUGCCGCCCUGACGAUGCUCUGUCGGUAACGUUUUCUCCCGCAAAGUUGGGACCUUCAGUCGAUACAGACUCGCUCCACGAAGAAAGCGUGGACAUUCCUGAGUAUGUGGUGCAAAGUAAUGAAUCAUGCGCCGACGAUGACGGCAAGGUCAAGGCCAUGGAGUACGAGGAAGGCUUGCCAAAGCUCUUGUUUGAAGACCUGCAGAGCGACAAUCCUGGUACUGUUGCGUUUGCCGCCCGCGCCAUUGGUGACUUGCUGAGCGUUCAGCAUCCGAUGCAGGAACAAGUUCAUGAAGACUUUUUGGCAUUGGGUGGGCACAGCACGUUGUUGCACACGAUGCGCAAGUGGACAAAGGUUGCCACCAUUCAGUCGGAGCUGGCACAUUGCGUAGCACGCAUGGUUCUUGGUGAUGCAUUGUGGCACAAGGACAGUAACAACACUCUCAUUGCGUCGUUUCUCAAAAUGGGCGGUCUUCACGAGAUUUACCGUGCCAUGGUUGGCUUUUCGAAUUCGGCAGCCGUCCAGGCGAAUGGCAUGUCUGCAUUGGCCAAUUUGUGCUCGGGCAACGACAAAAGCGAAGACGAACGUGUCGAAUUACCCAUUGCCGAUGUUGCCAAGCACUUUGUUCUCAACUUGGAAGGAGUUCCGCUGGUGACAAACGCCAUGAAGACGUUUCCGGAAGAAGAAAUGGUACAAGAACAUGGGUGUUGGUUGUUGAACAAUCUGUGCCGUGCCGGUGGCCGUGAAGAAGCGUCAGUGAUCAAGAGCAAGGCGCUCAUGGUGGUGGCGGCAUCGGUUCAGUAUUUUCCCAACAACGAGAGCAUUGAAAAGGAUGCUCAUGAUUUGAUGAAUGCAGUCUUGUCGGGUGAAAAGAAGAAGGAAUCGUAG